UUCUUACUGGUUCCUAAUUUAUCAAGUUAGACCUUUUAUGAAAUUCCCCCCAUGACCUUUGACCUUAUGUUUUUAACCUGGUACCAAACAGCUUUUAUCAUCGUCUCGUGGUUUUAUGUUUUGAAGUCCAAGAGGGUGAGUUGUCUAUCAUUGUUUCUUUUCCCAAAAAUAUUCUUUGGAGUUCUUACCUGAUUUUUUUUUUUCCAGAUGAAUUUUGCUGUCACUUAAGUUUGACAAAAUGUUCCCUUUGAAAUUUCGAUUUUUUGAAAUGAAGUAUGAGAUCUAAAGAAAGAAACCUGCGUAUUGGCUCAGCACUACCCUUACUCCUCUCAGCCAAGUGCAAGGGCUCACUUACUCAAAUCUUUAUUCAUCCUACUAGAGUUUAAUAACUUCCUUGAAUGGCUGUUCAGUGUUCAGCGACAGGUCUGGCUUUUGUUGUGAGGACAUCUAUGGAGUCUCUGGGACCCUUCCAGUCCCUGAAAUCAGUUUGGACUGAGAGGUCAGGACUUGGAAACAUACUGGAGGCAGGGCAAGGGCACCCUGCUCUUGUUUUGACAUCUACCUCUUUUCGCUGUUCCUUCUUAUCCAUCCAACUAGUCCUUUUCCCUGAGCCGGGUCCAUACUUUCCCACCCCAGACCCUUCCUCUUGUUUCCUGGCUCUCUGUUCCUGGCUCCAUUCAUUUCCUACACUGCUGUAUCAAAAGUACCACAAUUGCUCCUCGUUCCCACAAUGCAGUACGGCUGAGCGCCUCAGAGCCCGCGGGACGCUGCGGUGGGGGGGUCGGGGGAGGGGGCAUUGGGCGGUGCGGAUGUUGGGCUGGGCGGACGAGCGCAUCUGCAUGGUAAACCUUCCGACCAACGUGCGCGAGAAGGACGUGGAAGACCUUUUCUACAAGUACGGCCGCAUCCGUGAGAUCGAACUUAAGAAUGGGCACUGCCUUGUGCCCUUCGCCUUCGUGCGCUUUGAGGACCCCCGAGAUGCAGAGGAUGCUAUUUAUGGAAGAAAUAGUUAUGAUUAUGGGCAGUGUCGGCUUCGUGUGGAGUUCUCCAGGACUUACAGAGGACUUCCUCCAUCAGGCAGCUGGCAGGACCUGAAGGAUCACAUGCGAGAAGUUGGGGAUGUCUGUUAUGCCGAUGUGCAGAAGGAUGGUGUGGGGAUGGUUGAGUAUCUCAGAAAAGAAGACAUGGAAUAUGCCCUGCCUAAAUUGGAUGACACCAAAUUCUGCUCUCAUGAUACUGAAACGUCCUACAGCCGAGUUCAUCCUGAGAGAAGCACCAGCUAUGGCUACUCAUGGUCUCUGUCUGGGUCAAGGGGCCAUGACUCUCCAUACUAAAGCAGGGGUUCCCCACAGCAAUUCUCUCCUUUCAGGCCCUACUGAGACAGGUGAUGAGAAUUUUUUCUUUAUUUUUUAGGUUAACUGAGCUGCUUUGUGUGCAGAAUCUACGUUCCAGAUUGAGCAUUUAGCAUCUUAGGAAAUUGUUUUAAUUUUUUUUUUUAAAGAAGAGAAAAAACUACAUAAUUUCUACCAGGGCCUUAUUAGCAGUGAAACAUUUUAAACU